AUGUAUAGACAAAUAUGGGUGAGUACAAAUAAUCAGAAAUACCAACAUAUUUUGUGGAGAAGCGAGAUUAAUCAGCCAAUUGAAGAAUACAAGUUAACAACUGUAACUUACGGUAUUGCCCCUGCUUCAUUUUUAGCUAUAAGAACUUUAUUUGAAAUAGCAAAUGAAUGUCAGGAUAAUCAGAUAUCGAAAAUAAUUAAAGAUGAUUUUUAUAUGGACGAUCUUCUAACUGGUAGUGAUACAAAAGAGGAAUGCAAAAGCGUUCAGCGAAGAAUAUCGGCACAUUUGGAGAAGUAUGGAUUUCAUUUGAGAAAAUGGUGCUCUAACAGCAUGGAUAUAAUAGAAACGGUGGAAAAAUCAAAUCAAAAUGAAGUCAUUGAUAUCGAUAAAGAAGAAAACCAGGAACCAGCACCAUCCACUUCAUGUUGUGCAUCGUCGUCGUUAUUGCCAGCGGCAUUACCAUGGUGCUCCAGUUCUGACAUCUCUAAAGGUAAUACGCAGGAAACUGCGUAUUUAAUACUGCUAAUAAAAAUAGUACCGAUAUAG